AUGCCCCUACACUACCGUGCCACACUGGGUAAUGAGACAUACCAGGGUGCCUCAGCAGCAGGUCCUUACUCACACGGGGCUGCUGUGCUCCAGGGGGGAGCAAGAAAGACAGAUAAGAAAGAGACCUCUGAGAGAGCAGGAGAGCUGCCAUCUGAGCCCACGCAGGGGAGGAGGUACAUCCGCACCAUGUACCUGGGGAUUCAGAGCCAGCGGCAGAAGGAACACCAGCGACGCUUCUACUGGGCUAUGAUGUACGAAUAUGCAGAUGUCAACAUGCUGCGCCUCCUGGAGACCUUUCUGGAGAGCGCCCCCCAACUGGUGCUACAGCUCUGCAUAAUGAUCCAGAAGAACAGCCCAGAGCAGCUGCCCUGUGUCUCCUCUGUGACUUCCCUGAUGUCCCUGGCUUGGGUGCUAGCCUCCUAUCACAAGCUGCUGCGGGACUCCAGGGACGACAAGAAGAGCAUGAGUUACAGAGGGGCCCUCAUCCACCUCUUCUGGCGCCUCUUCACCAUCUCAUCCCGAGUUAUCUCUUUCGCCCUCUUUGCUUCCAUCUUCCAGCUGUAUUUCGGGAUCUUCGUGGUGGUGCACUGGUGCGCCAUGGCCUUCUGGAUCAUCCAUGGAGGGACAGACUUCUGCAUGUCCAAGUGGGAGGAGAUCCUCUUCAACAUGGUGGUAGGGAUCGUGUACAUUUUCUGCUGGUUUAACGUCAAGGAAGGGCGGACUCGAUACCGAAUGUUCGCAUACUAUACAAUAGUCUUGACCGAGAAUGCUGCCUUGACGUUCCUUUGGUAUUUUUACAGAAACCCGGAGAACACUGACUCCUAUGCCGUGCCAGCACUGUGUUGUGUCUUCGUUAGCUUUGUGGCUGGGAUUGCGCUCAUGCUCUUAUACUAUGGCGUGUUGCAUCCCAUGGGGCCGCGGGCUAAGGUCUUUGCCAGCUCCUGUUGUGCCGAGCUGCUCUGGGGCAUCCCUUUGCCCCCUGAUGUUGAGCCUAUGGCACCUCAGACCCCUGGGUACCGGGGGACCCAGGUCACUCCCACCAGAGCCGUGACGGAACAGCAGGAAGACCUCACGGCUGACACUUGCCUGCCCGUAUUCCAAGUGAGACCCAUGGGGCCCUCCACCCCAUCAGGGCGUCCUUACCACCCAGAAGGGCCCCUGAUUAAGAUUGACAUGCCAAGAAAGCGGUACCCGGCCUGGGAUGCGCACUUUGUAGACAGGAGGCUGCGGAGGACUAUUAACAUCCUGCAGUAUGUCACUCCCACUGCAGUGGGCAUUCGCUACCGAGAUGGGCCUCUGCUCUAUGAGCUGCUGCAGUAUGAGUCUUCACUCUAGAACACCUUGACCCAGAUUGAGAAGGGGACCUUAAGUUUGGUUGCGGUCAAUGCCGCCUGCAAGAAAUAUAGUCCUCCCUUCCCCCAAUACACAGAACAACCACCACCACCGCCACCACCGCCACCAACACCACCACCAACACCACAAAAAGAUCAAUAAGUCACAUCCCCUUCAGAUAAGCUUUCUUUCCAGUCACUAUAUGUAUACAAAGAUAUUCUCUAUGUUUUGUAAGUAAAAACAAAAAGGAAACCUUUCUUUUGUUUUUUACACAUAAGAAACAGUAUUGAAAAAAAUAAUCCCACACUACAGUUCCUAGGGUGGAGAAGGAGAAGCUAUCUCCUCUCCAAAAGAAACAAACAAAAAAGUUUUCUACUUUACACCAAGUGUAGAUCAUUUAUGGGAUUGGUGCUGAUUGAGAGAACAAAACAAAAACAAAACAAAACAAAACAAACAAAAACCUUCAACUGCCUUAUGCCCUUAGGUGCUGAGUUUCUUUAGGUACUGUCAUCUUUUCUCACACGAAACUCUCUGGUAACUUUUGUACCAAGAGAGAAAAAAAAUUAAAUAAUCAAAUGAAACAAAAAUCUGCCAAUAGAGCAAACAAAUUAAAACAACAAACAGAUAUCAUACCAAAACAAUCCUUCCUAUCUGAUGAUUUGUAUUGAAAAACAAACAAACAAACAUCAAAUUGACCAAAAGCAAAGGCAUAGAAACCCCUCUUUUUUCAAAUUCUCUCGCCCCCUCCCCAUUUUUCAAAGCCUUCUAGAAGCUAAAGGGCUACUUGGAUCUCCACUGGCCGGAAAAGCUACUCGAAGGCUGACUAUGUGCCAUUUUAACAUUUGCCUAGCAAGAAUUACAUUGUUUUCCCGUGGAAAAAAAAUUAAUAAAAAAAAAAAAGACAAAACAAGAAUGAAACCCCCAAACACCCAAUUUGGUAAAUUCUAAAAGCAGAUCAAAGGAAGUGUCCAUAAACACCAUCAAAGAGAAUCAGUAAUGAUAAAACUCAGCAUGGUAGCAAAAAGGACGACAUUUAAAGGCACAAUACUUAGUCCGUGACUGGCGACAGUGAUCUCUUCCGUCAUUUUAAGGCUGAGAAGGGUUGUGUGUGUGUGUGUGUGUGUGUGUGUGUGUGUGUGUGUGAUGUGUGACAGUGCGGAAGGCCUCUUCUCUUUUCAUUUAGUGGGAAGCCUUAAAUUGAUCUGGAAAGAAUUUUUCAUUUUUCAUUUGUGCUUUUGAAAAAAAUAACAUAAAGAGGAACACUAGAGUAUUUAUCUAUAAAAAAGUCAAAUCGUAUUAACUGACACAUUUCACAGACUGGUGCUUCUGUCAGUGUGGUUGGCUGAGAGUCAUUCAGCCUGGUGCAUUUGGGGUGAGUGGACUCUGUGUGUGUGUGUGUGUGUGUGCAUGUGUGUGUGUGUGCGCGUGUGCAUGUGUGUACACCUGCUGCAAGGUCUUGCCAGAAAUACACAAAAAUUGAAGUGAGGCAGAUACCAUGGUAACUGGGAGAAGGGAUUGUGAGGGGCUGGAUGGAAAGGUAGCGAAAGUGGCCCCUGUAUGGGCCAUCCACCUGGAGAGCAGGGCCCCACCCCAGCAGCAGAGGCUGUCCUUCCAGGCCCUGCGGCUUUGGUGAGGAUUUGAGUUAACUGUUUAUUUUCUCGCUAUACCAAGGUGAAUUUCUGGAGGUGUCACAAGUAUGUCUGACCAUUUGUAAAAAUUUUAAUUUGUUUUUGGAAGGUACUGUUCCUUUAAAGAGUAUUUCUGUUUUAGGGUAUUAUUUCGAUACCAUUCUAUCUCUACUUGGGCACACACACAAAAAAAUAUGAAAAAAAAGAAAAAAAUAAUCAUAAAAAGAAAAGAUAUCUCUGCAAAAGAUAUAUAUGUGUAAAUAUAUAUAUAUCUAUAUAUACAUACACAGUAUUUUUAAGUACAUGCUGUUAGUCUUUGUUGUCUGUGGUUGUGAUAGUUUUUUAAUUCUGGAUGUAACUGUUCAGGGUGCAAGACCUCACACUGAGCUAUACUUAAGAGAAGUUCAAAAACUGAGGAAUUUUUUUUUUAUGUUUGAUGAAUUUUUUAAUUUUUAUUUUAAAUAACUAUUCAAAAAAGCCCCUCCUGGUCACCCCUUCAUGGUUUAUCUGAAUCUUUUUUUUCCCCUUAAACCUUAAAACAUAUAUUAAUUGUGAAACUAAAUGCUCCCUCCUUUGUCCCACCUCCUUAUCUCAUGUGUUACCACAACUUUGCAGGACUUUCCUAAGAUGGGGUCUCAGGGGGUCCUACCUGGUCUCUGCUCUGGGAAGCAGGAUACAACAGAGCACACUUGGGCUGAGGUGAAGGCCAUCUGGGCUGCCUCUGCCUGGCAGGGAGCAAGCCAGGCAGAGAGGGGCUGCUUGGAGCUGUGUGUGUGAGUAGUGAACAAAGGGUACGCCCUACAAGACAUGUUCACUCUAUUCUGCGCCCACCACAGCUCUGUCACCAAGCUACAGUCCAGGCUCUGCUCAGACUGGGGAAGAAGAGUCCAUUUGUGGGGUGACAUGGCAUUCCUUUGGCCAGCUCUGAUCCCAAGUCUUGGGUGUCCCAGGUCUCCGGCUCUGUGUGGCCUCUGGACCUCUGCCACUCCACUUGUUUGUCUAGUCUUAGUCACAUUUCCAUUUCAUCUCUUGCUCUUUGAUCCCACCAUUGGCUUUAGUCUGCCACCUCUGUGUGGACCACUCUAUCUUUAGCACACGUGCACAAGCACACGUGUUCAUGUUUACACAAAACUUAGAAAGUGUGGCUAUUGGCUGGAGCAUCCAAAGUUGGGGAAACAGUUUCCAGCAUAGGGAAGCCUUAGCCAUGCUCAGUGAAGGAGGAGGAAGUCAUGACAUCUCACCAGCCCUUGCUUUAGCCUUGGUGGGUUUCGGCUCCUUUCCUUCUUUAGUAGCAUACCCAUCCCCCUCUUCCACCAUGCCUUACCUUUCCCCAAUAACACAAUUGAAAAUGUACAUCUGUGGACAGGAGCCUGGAAGACCAGAGAGACAAGAAAAGGCCUGAAAAGUGAGCCAAGAAGCAGAGAAAGGCGGCAGGGAGCAAAGAUUGAGAGAUCUGUUUCCCCUGGCAGCAUUGCCCUCAUCAUCUUAUAGAGCCCCAUCUCCAGUCUCUUUUGUUAUUAGGCAUUACUUCCCACGAAGUCUUCUAGUGUCCUUCCCCUUCAGAGGCUAUUGGUGGCUGGCUGACUUCCCAAGUGUCACUAAUAGACUUUAUACAUUCUCAGUGUCUUCCUCCCAGAUAACCUCAGAAUCCCACAGCAGGACCACUGAACCAAGGCAUAGUGUCCUCACCCCACUCUGGCAAUCUGCUUUCAUACUGACAGGUGUCUGGGUCCCCAACAACCUUUCCUUCUGUGAGUUAACAAAUCCAUCUAAGUUUUCCCCAGCUGCAACCUAUAGUCUUGCGAAAUAAAUCUCUACACCUAUCUCUUCCCCUGGACCUCUUGAUGGCGAAUACCCAACUCCUAAUAUUUAGCUUUGGUAGAUAAGCCUUUUGGUACCUUGUUCUUUCUUUCCAUAUUGUCCCCCACCAUAGACCAUGCCUAUAGACCCCCAUAUUUCAUUCCUCUAAGCACACAGAACAGUUGGCUUUUUCUCUUGUUCUAAGAAAUGUGGUCCUAUCAGUGCACCAAGACUGAUACUGUUAGAAUUGUUUCUGCAAGCCUCCCCUCAACCCCAGAAGCUUGGGUGGCUCUGCCUUGGGAUUCUUCAGGUCUCUCAAGGACAUGAGAUAGGGGAAGUUAAGCAGAUCUAAACCCAUCAAAUCUGCUCCCAUUGACUCCACUUGCCCCAGAAUUUCUGAUAUCUCAAGCACAGUCUAUCUAUACGAAGUGUCUCCCUGCUCUUUAAGGUCAGACUUGUCCCAUAAUGGAACCAGGGAUGUUAGGACAAAUACACAAAGCCCAAGUAGAUUGGGGGCUGGAAGACAGCAAGAUCCAUCUUUCCUAACUGUCCCACUCAAGGAAAGACACAUCCCCCUGUGACCUGGAGGACCCUGUACCCUACUCCAUAGACACAGAGUUUUUUGUUUUCCCUCUGUCCUCUUGACAGCAAUUGGUCCCAUGGUGGCUAAAAGAGGGUAGAACCUAUCUGGUCCUAAGGACAACUGUUCUGGUCUUAUGACCUUUCACGCUACAGGCUUCAGAUCUGAUACAAAUCUAAUUCUCAAAAAAAAUAUAAUAUUUUUAAAAGCACCAAAUCAUCACUUUCUCCAUUCUUCCUCAGACCUGUUGUCACCCCCCCAGAUGUUUGUCUCCUUCUGAGCAGCUCUGGGAAGGUCAGGUGCCCCUUCGUCACCUGCAUCUGAGUUCCCUUUGCAGUUCCUCAUCACCAAAAACUAAUGCAUGAUUUCUUUUCCCCUUGUCUAUUCUGUGCCUCAUUAACUGGGUCUCUCAUGAGCCCCAAGUUUUGAUGAUUCUGGACCUGAGAAAAAUUUCUCUACCCAUUACCUUGGAGCAGAGCAAGAUAACUUCUGUGUGCACGUUUGGGCCCCUGGUGUAGGGAAGGAGUUCAGAGGAGAAUAUGGUUGGGCGUGUAUCCAAUACCCUGCAGCACUAAGUCUUGGGCCAAGUGGUUAUGGGUAGUCAUUUUGCAUCUAUUUGCACAGCAAUUGGCAAAUGCUAAAAUAACCACACCAGAUUUGGCUGGGGGCAUGGUAUACAAAUUUGACAUCGAAAGGGAAAGCAUGGUCAGUGUAAUUCCAGGGAUCCAAGUGGCACUUGGAAAACUGCCAGGGAAAGCUGAGCAUGCCCCAGUGAAUCCUGGGAAAGACAAUACAUUGGAGAAGGAGAGGACUCUGAGGAGUCAACCUCCUCAAGUACCCAAGCAGCCUCCCAGGGAGCAGUUCUAGACACUGCAUAUCAAACACCAGCCGAUUCCUGGGCUCUGAUCUUCUCAAGACACAGCGUCACCUCCUGCAGGAAGGAAGCGAGGCUCAGCCUUGGUCCUUUCUUUCAUCAAGGUCCAGGUGGACAUGAGAUGGGCAGUAUGGGAGCCUCCUCCAGGUUCAAGUAUGUCCUUACCCUAUCUCCUGUCCUCAAACUGAGCUCUGUCCCAGUUUGGGCAGCCUUCCUUUCUCAUCUACAGCCCAGCCUUUGGAAUGUGGCAUUGGUAAUGGUGAUCCAACCUCAGGCUACAGCUUUAUCAGCUCAUAAGAGCAUCCUAACUCAGCAUGUGCCUGUCUCCACUUUGAAAUGUAUAACAAUGUAAAAGGCAAGCCAAUUUUCUUAUAGCUUUUUCUCUAAGCCUUUCCUUGAGGGAAAGGAAGAUAUAAUGACAAAGUUUGCCUCACCCUCCCCAUCUCUGGCAGGUCUAAAGUUUUCUGUUUCUCCCUCCAAAUGUUGCAUCUGUUGCUAUUGGCUGAAUAUCAGAAGAUAUUGACUUGACCUAGUCCCAGCUUUCUCCUCUGCCCAACUGGCUCUUUCUGCCUUUCUCAGCUCCCAGGCAUCGUCUUCUUUCUCUUGGUACCUUUCUUCACAGUGACUGGCAGGACACAGCAGGAGUGUUCUGGAGCCAAAGGUCAUGAGUGCUAUUAAUGAUGGCUCCAUAGCAGCAGACAGACUGCCUCUGCAGGCGAUCCUCCUUCUCCAGGCCAGCACCUGUGUCAAGGGCUAAGAAUAGACCACAGGGACAGGAGUAAGCAGGACCUAGGGACAGCUGCCCUGGGAUGCCCAUUUCAUGAAGAAGAUACUGUCCUGGCUGGUCCCCAGCAGGAGUCCCUACUCCCCUCCUCAAACGGAAGUCAGUUAGGAGUCGAAGUUCCAGGCUUCAGGGAGGACAGCUUCCAGAUCAUCACCCUUAAGCCAAGGGAGAAAAUAUAUUUAUGACUUUGCUCUUGGUACAGCGCUGGCUGGUAACUGGAAGAGCACCUGUCUCUAAUUAACCUUUGGCCAUCUGUCACUGCGGAUAGCGACCAGCAGCCAGCCAUCUGACUCUGGUCCAUCCUCAAUGUAGCCCUGGGGCCCUCAGGCUCGGAGCCUCAUUUUUUAGCUUCACAUGUCCUAGGUGCUUGGCCUAAAGCUAGAAAGACCAAGAAUGGCCACAGGCUGACUCAGGGCUCCCCUGUGACCACGGAUAACGCACUUCACAUCUUGGUGCUUUGGUUUCUCCAUCAGUAAAGUGGAUGGAGAACAAGCCACUCUACUUUUCCCUCUGCUCAGAGAUGACCUGAUGAUUCAGUCAAUGCUGCUGGUAGUGAAGGCGUCUCAUGGGGAAAAGGGUGACCCCAUUCUUUGGUAAAGAGAAAUAUGGAAAAAGAGGAGGUUUCAGAUACGCUUGGCACCCAGAAGCCCAGGAGGUAAGCAAGAAAGACAUGGGGACAGGGAGAGAGCCCCGGAGCAGGCAGAUACAUCACAGCACUGUUAACUCAGUACAGUAGCAUCUGGUGGGGGACAUUUGGUUACCUGGCUCUUGCUGGGCAUUUGUCAAUUCUUAAGUCCCAUGAUGUUUGUUUUUCCUGAAAGACCAAGAAAAAUACAAGGUAGUCUGUUUCUGGAAAUUGAUACUCACUGAAUGUUUGACAGACAGGAGGUGGAAUGAGCAGAGAGGGCCUGGAGAUGGUGUGGGAGGUGGCCAAAUGCUCUUUGAGAAGUAUCUCUUGCCUUUAUUCAAAGCCUUGAGGUUUCCCUUCUCAAAUGGACUCAUUUCCCUGGUCCCCUGCAGAGGAUGGAAAGCCCAACCCUGCUUUUCCAACACCUAUCUCAUCAGCUACAAAUGCUUGUGCACAUGGUAGGUCUUCACCACUCCCUGGUGUGCUUUUCUUGGAGCCUGCAGGCAAAACUUCAGAGAUACCUGGGGCUGGAGAGCAGCAUGCAGUUGCAGUUUUUUUUUCUUUUUUAAUCUUUUUCUAAAUUGGGAUAUUUUCCCCCUCACAAUUUGAAUUGAAAAUUUUAAGUUCAAUGUCUUUUCCUGCCCCCACCUAUGUUUUUUUCCUAUGGUUUGACUGUUAUCAUUUCAAAUACCAAGAUACACUUGGAACAAGAAGACAGAGGCAUCCUAAGAACCUCACUGUUCUUAGGACCUAACCCAGAGUGAGAGCAGGUGGGAGCCAUGGAGGACAUUAGCACUCAGGGGUGCUGCCCCAAUACCAAUUCUAAACUGGUUCCAAGAACAGUCUUGCAAAAGAAAACUAUACAAGUUCCAGUUCCCAUGGAUCAGUCCACCUGGUCCUGGCUAGGUCUAUUCUGGUAUAGAAAUUCUCACUGAAAAAAAAUUACAAAAAGACAGAAAGGUCACUUUCUGAGACCGCCCCCAGAGGAACAGAGUGCUCUCAAGGGCAGGUCUUGGGUACUGCUGCCAAAUUUUUCUGCCCUUGACCAAGGAGCCCUAGUCUGACUCCAUUCCCACCUGUUCUGAGUCUGGUCUGCAAGGUUAAUGCUAUUUGAUGCAAAAGAUCAACAGGCCACACUCCGAAAGUCAGAAAUAGUUCCUUUGAAUUUGUCUGAUUAUGUGUAGCAAGGCCAACCCCACUGGCCUAUUUGUUCCCACAAGGUAUUUCAGAUGGCGGCCAAAAGGAAGGAAUACAGAGACACCCUGCUGCGUCUAUGUGCUCAUCCAUGCACAUACUGACUGAUGAAAGGAUCCUGAAGCAUUUAUGAACAGGAGCUCGAAGAUGGAUGCUUGGAGACCGGGAGAGCCUCAGUGGAUGGUAGGCAAGAGAUAAGGAAGAGGCAGGACUCUAGGAGUAUACUGAAGGAAAUGGUGUCCAGCUGGUCAGUGCUUCCAAUUCCCUGGGGCAGAAACAACAAAGUGUAUUUUUUUCAAACACAGUAAAUUGAUUUUACAGAGUGA